AUGGCACCACACAAAUCUCUGCUCACAACAAUGGUCGCCUUAAUAGUAGUUACCUUAAUACUCCUCGCCCCAUCACUCUAUGCCAAUGACUUGAUUAACGCCAAGCUCGAUACUACAUAUAAUGUUAAUUAUCUUAAUACAGAGGCUGAACCUUCUGGUACUUAUCUUUCAUCUGAAUACCAAUAUGAUAAUGCGUUUGGUCCGGUCACUGUGAAUGAUAAUUUCCAAAACGUUCAAGUAUUCUUUGAACAACGCUUCAAUAAUACUGCGUUCGAUUUUACACUUUCAUUAUUAUCUGGAAAAGUUCUUCAACCAACAGCAACAUUCGGAAAGUUGAAACUCUCAAUGAAGUUGUACAAUAAUCCUGUGGAGAAGGUUGUGUUGAGAUUUAAUGCACCUUUGGGUAUCUGGAAUGUUGACCUGUUGAGACGUAUGCAAGCUUACUUUUAUGAUCCUACCACUUAUACAUCUGAAUUAACUGUUCUUGGUGAUCAAUUUGGUGUCAUUAGGAGAUAUAUUAACAUGUUUGAAGUUGAAUUGAAUUUGCCUUAUAUUUUCCAAGCAAUUCAAAAGACUGAAUUUCAGCUUAUUCUCUAUACUGAAGACAGUCCUUUGGAUCCAACUCCAUUAGUUGAUUAUAGAUGGAUUGAAGUACCAUAUGCUGCAUCAUAUGCUAUGAAAUUAGAAUCAAAUCCAAAUUUCAAUAGAUACUUUACAAUUGGAUUCCCAUCUAUUACUCCUAUUAAUUAUAU